AUGCUGGUGACCUAUUUGGAAGCCAGCCGGGACCUUUGCGAGACGGACUCGAUUCUCUUUGGCGCCGCAGUGGCAGUUUGCCGUAUGAUUGGCGCCAAACUUCCCAUGGCUGGACGCGCUACUACACAAAGUAACGCCAUCCCAGCCUGGAGGAAAAGAAUCGAGGACCGUAUCGCAAAGGCAAGGGCCCUUAUCGGCAGACUGACAAGCUUCAGGUCGGGUAAUAAUAGACCGAGGAUUAUGCGCACCGUUAGGAUGGCGUUUGCUGGGACAAAUAUCAGUUUGUCCCAGCCGGAUAUCACGCAGAAACUAACGGAGCGCAUAGACGACCUGAAGCAAAAGAUCGCUGCUUGGGGGAAGCGGAUUCGACGAUUUUCCGAGGGGUCAAGGCGGUUCAACCAGAAUCGUCUCUUCCAGAGUGAUCAGAAGAGGCUCUAUAAAUUAUUGGAGCGACCAAAGGUAUGUGGAGCGGGCCAAGGACCGGAUCAGGCUGACAUUAUCGCAUUCUGGCGUGGCCUGUGGUCAGAGCCCGUAAACCACAGUGAGGGCCCUUGGAUGGAAGUUGUGGCGAGCCAGGGUGCGAGUGUUACGCCUAUGGACCCCAUCACCAUAACGCCAGAAGACGUGGCUGAGGCGGUCCGUAGGGCCCCGAACUGGAAAAGUCCGGGGCUCAACGGGCUGCAUCAUUACUGGCUGAAGGGGUUCGUAGUAUGUCACGCUGUGCUCGCCCGACAGUUUCAAGAGGCUCUCGACCAGAAGUCACUCCCGAGCCUCUUCACUACUGGGAUCACUCACUUGGUUCCUAAAGAUCAGGAUACCACAGACCCGAGCAAAUACCGCCCCAUCACGUGGCCGCUGCCUGGGGGUCGCCGGGGCGCGUCUGGAGCUGGCGCUGGACGCGGCAGCAUGCGGGCCGCCAGCCGAGCGCGAGGAGCUGCAAGAACACCUAACAGCCCCCCGCAUCCAUCAUCCCCACCAGACGGCUUGAUGUCGGCAGGGUCCUCUCGGACUCGGCAAGCGGCAUCCGCCGCUGGUGGAGUGCGCCGCAUGCGUUGGACAAGGGAUAUGAACGCAAACGCAUUGCGGGCGUACUAUAGGGCGAAAGGGGAAGAAACAGCGGGGAUAGCGUAUCGGGCUCGGAUGCAUUGCUUUUUUGCUGAGCUGGAGCCGUCUAUUCCCGUCACGGAACAAAACCUGGCAGACCGAGUUCGGUACAUCAUGCGCUCGAAAAUAUUCGAUGAUGCCGAGCUCGAACGACUACGACGUGAGGCCAUUCCCUCAUCGAAUGAAUUGGCUACGGCUGGGGAUGCGGCUCCUCAGGCGACAGACCAGCUGCCACGCGUAGAAGCCGCCAUGGAUCUUCCAGUUGUGGUUGAUUCAGAUGAUGAUGAAAUGGUCUCCCACGAACUAGAGCAAAUGAGGAGUAUAUUGGAAGAGGCGAUUUUGGAAACGCGCAGCAUGCCUCUCGAAAAUCGACCGCGACUUCCCCGCAUACCUCUAAGCAAGCGAAAUCGGGCUGUCGUGAGGGCUCUUAACCCAAUGCUGGUAACCUAUUUGGAAGCCAGCCGGGACCUUUGCGAGACGGACUCAGUUCUUUUUGGCGCCGCAGUGGCAGCUUGCCGUAUUAUUGGCGCCAAACUUACCAUGGCUGGACGCGCUACUAAACAAAGUAGCGCCAUCCCAGCCUGGAGAAAAAGAAUUGAGGACCGUAUCGCAAAGGCAAGGGCCCUUAUCGGCAGACUGAUAAGCUUCAGGUCGGGUAAUAAUAGACCGAGGGUUGUGCGCACCGUUAGAAUGGCGUUUGCUGGGACAAAUAUCAGUUUGUCCCAGCCGGAUAUCACGCAGAAACUAACGGAGCGCAUAGACGACCUGAAGCAAAAGAUUGCUGCUUGGGGAAAGCGGAUUCGCCGAUUUACUGAGAGGUCAAGGCGGUUCAACCAGAAUCGUCUCUUCCAGAGUGAUCAGAAGAGGCUCUACAAAUCAUUGGAGCGACCAGAGGUAUGUGGAGCGGGCCCAGGACCGGACCAGGCUAACACUGUCGCAUUUUGGCGUGGCCUGUGGUCAGAGCCCGUAAACCACAGCGAGGGCCCUUGGACGGAAGUUGUGGCGAGUCAGUGUGCGAGGAUUACGCCCAUGGACCCCGUCAUCAUAACGCCGGAUGACGUAGCUGAGGCGGUCCGUAGAGCCCCGAACUGGAAAAGUCCGGGACUCGACGGACUGCAUCACUACUGGCUGAAGGGGUUCAUGGUGUGUCACGCUGUGCUCGCCCGUCAGUUUCAAGAGGCUCUCAACCAGAAGUCGCUCCCUAGCCUCUUCACUACUGGGAUCACUCAUUUGGUUCCUAAAGACCAGAAGGCUUGGUGUCGGCUGGGUCUUCUCGGACUCAGCAAGCGGCACCCGCCGCUGGUGGAGCACGUCGCAUGCGUUGGUCACAAGAAAUGA